AGCAUGCAUAAAGGUAGCAUCUUUGCUGCCGCGUGCUUUGCUGUGAACGUACGAUGGCCUUUCUCGGUGUAAGUUAUGGCUGCUGUUGUUUGGAUCUGCGAGGUUGUCUUGGAGAAGGAAGUACAGGGAGGGUCCAAUAUGCGUCCUCUGCUCCGUGUUUCUCGUUUGCAUGUUAUUGCGGCCCCCACGUCCUGCAGCAACUGCUGCUAGGUGGUUCUAUUCACAAGCCAGAUGAGACGGUAAAGAGCCGUCCGCGGCGGCGGUCCGUAGGGAAUAUUUGAGCUCGAGCCAGGGCAUUGCCAGCUCCCCGGUACUUCGUAUUCCGAAGCCUGCUCUAGCACGUGAAAAUAUGACAAUAUGUGGCAUCAAAUAUCCCAUACCGGUUGACCCAAACCGCUUGUUCCCUGUCCAUCCACAUUGAGCAGCCUGGUCAGAUAGUGCUUCCUGACC